GUUACACCUAAAAAUUACCCUUGACAACUUUUUUACAGAUAAAUUUGGGUGUCAAAUAUAUUGGUAGCCAUAUAUACAAAGCCUCAGGAACAAAACACAGACAUAUCAUGUGAUAUAUCACUAAUAAAAAUCAAGAAAAAAAAAAUGAAAGUUGUGGUGAGUGUUUCCUUCAUACUAUGUUUUGCCUUUUCCGUUCUCAUUGUAACGGCUUUAGUACAAAGAACACAUAUGUUUGGAAGUGAUGAAUACCAUGUUCGUGUGAUCAAUGGAUUCACCGAUAAUUCUUCUGUUCCUUUAAUCAUUUGGUGUUCAUCUGAGGAAAUGGAUCUUGGUGGUCGUGCUUUGCAAGAACAUGAUGAUUUUAGCUGGAUCAUGAGGCUCAAUUUUUGGAGUAGCAACAAUAUGAAGUGUACGAUGAAAUGGGAUAUCACAAGGAAGAGUUUUGAUGCUUUUAAGGCUUCUAGGGACACACAACGUUGUGGAUUACAUAGGUUGUGUUCUUGGAGGGUGACACAAGAUGGGUUUUAUUUUAGCAAUGAUGAAGUGAAUUGGAGAAAGGAUUUCAUAUGGUGAAUGAGUGUGUGUAUGUGUGAUAUGUGAUGCCAAGGUUUUGUCCUAGCUUGGAUUCACCAAACCAUGCAUGUUUAAAAGAGAUGUUCCCUUAUUUCGCAACAAAACAAAUCAAUGAUCUGUACCAUUCAAGAUGCUCCACCAAAAUAAAUUCGACGGUCAAAAUAGUAGCUCUGUACCAUCCUGACAUGAGAAAGGUCAUUCAAUCUUACCGCAGAUUUUCUUUCAGUUCGAGCAAUACAUUUGAAUCACAUAAAAUAUCCGAUGUUUUUUUCUAUUUCAAUCACUUACCUUGAAUUCGAUAGUUUACAUUUCCUUCUAUUUCUUCAACAUUUUGUAUUAUGGAUCCAAAAUAUUUAAAUCGUGUGACUUUAAGGAUAAUAUGAUUUAUAACUUUCA